UGCAGGCAGAGUUUCACGCAUAUUUGUUUGACCUGGAAGUGUUUAUAAGUGCAAGACCAAAGUGCAUAUUUUUUCCUUUGAAUAUGCUCGUAGAGCUAUGAAUACGACUGUGCGCAGCCAAAUUCGCUGAGCUAAUUGAUAUCCUCUAUUUAUAUCCUCUACUUUUCCGAAGGAUCCUGUUCGCACGCGGUCGGGGAAGAUGAAGGAACUGAACUGCAUCAAACGCCACAACCACUCCAUUUGGGAGCAUCGAGACUUGCAGGCCACUGCUAUGUCCGUGGAUUGGACCGGGCAGUGGGUGCUCCGUGCAGGCAGGCGCCACCUCGCUCUGCAGAAGUUAGAUGAGAACGAGGAUAGUAGUCUGAAGAAGUACCACCGGAACUCCAAGUACGACGUUUCUGCCGCUGAAUGGGCAAUUUGCGAAAAUAGUCAGGAGUAUUGUGCCAUAGCGACUAGCCAACUGAUAGAGGUGGUGACCUGGUCUUCAGGGGAUCCUACGUUGAUAUAUUCGCUUCGAGCGCAUACGAGAAUGGUCACAGACAUCGACUGGCAUUCGAAGGAGCCGCACCUGUUGGCGAGCUGUUCUAUAGACACCUUCACCCACUUGUGGGAUUUGAGAGACCCUAGGAAGCCGAUUUUGUCGCUGAGCGCGGUGUGUAUGUCGGGUGCGACCCAGGUGGGAUUCAACCGUGUUUCUGGGAAUCUACUGGCCACAGCUCAUGACGGUGAUUUGAGGAUCUGGGAUAUUCGAAAAGGAUCCUGUCCACAGCAGUAUAUUACCGCACAUUUGGCCAGAAUCCACGGAAUCAAUUGGAGCCACAAUCAUGAACAUUACUUGACAACUGCUAGCCAGGAUGGGACAGUGAAAUAUUUCGACGUUAAUAAUUCUCGGCGAGCAGAGAAAAUCAUCACGGUUUCUUCGCCAGUGUGGCGGGCUAGGUACACUCCAGCAGGAAACGGACUAAUAACAGUUGUUGUGCCCCACCUGGGUCGUGGUGAGAACAGUUUACUUCUUUGGAAUAACAAUAAACAGACUGAGCCUGUCUGUUCGUUCGAGGGACACACAGACGUAAUUUUGGACUUUGCGUGGCGUCCCAAUAGGGACAGCUCCUCAACGGAUAUAGAGCUCAUCACGUGGUCCCGCGACCAAACUCUGCGUCUAUGGAAGAUAGACGAAUCACUGCUGCGAUUAUGUGAUCCACCUCAACAAGAAACUGAGGAUGAAGCUGCAGACAUGCAGCUGGGCUCUUGGUCCACAGUGAAAACAGUGAGGAAGAACCCAAGUAGUAAGUCCCUUACCGAGCAGCCGUCAUGCUCUCUUCAGCAUGAGUUUUCGCUCCUUAACACAAAUAUUUCUCACAUUGAUUUCGAGGUCCUUGAUCCGAUUAAAAGACACGCCCUCGUAAAGGUGUCAGCAAAUGGUCACAUGAUUGUGUUGGAAAUUAAUUUCCCCAGCAACUACCCCAGUCCGAAUGUUCCGCCCGAAUUCAUAUUCUGUGAGAAUUCUUCCAUAAAUGAUAGCCUAUCGAUAUCGCUUCUGAAAGUGUUGAAAACCCACGCUUUGCAGAGAGUAAAGAAGGGACGAACUUGUAUGGAGCAAUGUCUACGGGCUUUGGUUACGGCAUUGAAACGGUCCACUGGCGGCGGGGAUAAGACUCAGUUGCGGCUGCAGUCACCACGGCUCGAGGGUGCCUUGAGCGGCACGCUACAUGAUGCUUGCAUACCCUUUCCGAAAACAUCCGGAGCGAAGUUUAAUACCAGCGGAUUAUUCGUGACGUUCUCACAGCCUCUAAAUACGAAGCGAAUCAGUUUACGUAGACAAAACAUAACGCCAAGAGCUCUAUCCGCUAUUAGUGGCGGUUAUUUGGGGAACGUGAUGGGUUCUCAACCGGUUCUCUACGCCCAUCGAGAUACAUCAACGUCAGCCUUUUACAUCCAAGAUAGGCAUCGAAAGAAUUUCCGCAGUAGAUCAUCCCAAAGAGCCUCAUCUAACGCAGUUAUCAACGUCUAUGACGUAACCAAACUGCUGAAUAUAAGUAAAACUUUGAGCGAACAAUAUAUAUUGGACAAAACAAAUAUUGUCAGGACUUGCAGACACAACAAAGCUGUUGCCGAAACAACGGACAGACCGGAAUUGAUACAAGCCUGGAAUUUAGCUGAGAUGAUCGCUAGCUCGUGUACACCGGAAGACAUUGUAUAUGGCAAUUUAUUCCAGACCAAUCCAUUCCAAAGGCAUUUGUUGAAUUCGCUGAUUACCCACUUCGCUAAACACGGUGACAUUCAAACGGCUGUGAUGUUAUGCUGCACAUUCGACAAGUUUUGCUCUAAACCAGAGCCUCAUCAAGGUUACGGUCAUAAUAGCGUUAGCAUAAGUCCAGCGCAUUCGCCUUAUCACACAAUCAAUCCUGUCGAAUUCAGCAACGACCACUCCUGGAACUUGGCUAUGCAAGUGAAACAGCUUCGAAGCAACUCAUGGUCAGACUCUUUGGAUUGGACCGAGUUAAAGCAACUCAACAACGAAAUAAACCGAUCAACAUUCAAGAAAUGUCAGAAGAACCUAUUCGAUUCGUUCAUCAAAGCUUAUGCUGAAGUGUUGUUCAGUUGGGGACUUUUGCCUGCCAGAGCUAUGGUAUUGAAACACUUGUCGUCACCUUCCGAUGCUGUGAAAGGAGUCGAGUUUCCCAUUGAGUGCGUAUUUUGCAACAGAGUUAAUAAAGGCCCGUCGUGUAGCAAUUGUAAAAGGCUUCUGCUCCGUUGUACGAUUUGCAGAAUUCCUGUGAAGGGAGCAGCGAACGCUUGUUUGAAUUGCGGUCAUGGAGGCCACACGGAACACUUGAAAAAAUGGUUUGAGACUCGUGAUAUGUGCGCCGCAGGUUGUCAGUGCCGUUGCCUGGAUGAAUCUCAACACGUUCUUAAUGAUUUGCUUCAACUUUAAUCUGAAUAAUUGUUAUGUAAUCAAAUAUAUUUUAUACUUUAAA